GGCGGCAAAGGCACCACCCUGGGUAGUUCCCCUCAGGCGUGGCCGGAGAACGCUAUGAAGAGCCGGCGGCGCUGGAGGUGGCGCUGGGAGCACCGCGGCUUCGCGCUCGGCUUGGCGCUCUACACGCUGCUGCUCCUGCUGCUGGUGUCUUACAUGCUGGACUACGGCGCCAGGAGGGGGCGCGCGGGAAAGGAGCAGCCGCCGCCGCCGCCCCACCGCUGCCCCGACCUCGAGGAGGCGCUCGGGGACUGGGCGUGGGAAGGGCAGCAGCCGCCGCCGCCACCACCAGGAGAAGCCGGAGCGAAGAAGAACGAGUCUGAGAACUCCGACGAAGCCGGCCCGGGGAGCCGGGCGGGCGGGAAGCGGCACAUCUACUUGCAUGCCACUUGGCGCACGGGCUCGUCGUUCCUGGGCGAGCUGUUCAACCAGCACCCGGACGUCUUCUACCUGUACGAGCCCAUGUGGCACAUGUGGCAGGCGCUGUACCCAGGAGACGCGCUGAGCCUGCAGGGCGCGCUGCGAGACAUGGUGCGCUCGCUCUUCCGAUGCGACUUCUCGGUACUGCGCCUUUACGCCGCGCCCCCGGGGCCUCGAGACCCGCUGGCGCCCUUGUUGGCCGGCGGCGGGAAGCCCGGCGGCGGCGGCGGCGUCAACCUCAGCACGGCCAGCAUCUUCGGCUGGAAGACCAACAAGGUGAUCUGCUCUGCGCCGCUGUGCCCCGCGGCGCCCAGGGCCCGCUCCGACGUGGGCCUGGUCGACGGCGCCGCUUGCGAGCGCAGCUGCCCUCCGCGGGCGCUGAGCGACUUGGAGGCCGAGUGCCGAAAGUACCCCGUGAUGGUGAUCAAGGACGUGAGGCUGCUGGAGCUGGGCGCGCUGCUGCCGCUGCUGCGCGACCCGGAGCUGGACCUGCGCGUGGUGCAGCUCUUCCGCGACCCACGAGCCGUCCACAACUCGCGCCUCAAGGCCAAGCAGGCGCUGCUGCGGGAGAGCAUCCAGGUGCUGCGGAGCCGCCACCGCGCCGCCGAGCCCCGGGGGCCCCCCCGCCGGCACCCUCUGCUGCCCCCCUUCGCUGGCGCCGCGGCUCUCGCCGGGGUCCACUCUCGCCAGCAGCACCGCGCGGACUUCUUCCUGGGCGGCGCCCUCGAGGUGAUCUGCCAGGCCUGGCUGCGCGACCUGCUCUUCUCCCGCCGCGCGCCGGCUUGGCUGCGCGCGCGCUACACGCAGCUGCGCUACGAGGACCUGGUGCUGGAGCCGCGCGCCCAGCUGCGCCGACUGCUGAGCUUCGCCGACCUGCCGUCGCCGCCCGCGCUCGAGGACUUCGUGCUCAACAUGACGCGCGGGGCCGCCUACUCCUCCGAGCGCCCGUUCCUCAUCUCCGCCCGCGACGCGCGCGAAGCCAUCCACGCCUGGCGGGAGCGCCUCAGCCGGGACCAGGUGCGCGAGGUGGAGGCGGCCUGCUGGGAGCCCAUGCGCCUGCUCGCCUACCCGCUCAGCGGCCAGGAGGACGGCGACCGGCAGGAGGCCUCCAGGGGGCGCUCAAGCCCUCCUCAUCCAGGCUAACUGGCCAGCGGUUGCCCCAUGACAGAGGACAUGGAAGAGCAGCUGUGUAUUCCACAGACACUGGAAACGUCAGUGAAAUGCAGCUUCUACUGUAGGUUCUGCCUGGCAGAAUGAAUACUGGCUAGCUUUAACGAAAUGGACGUUAUUGUGACGAGGACCUCCAUACGGAAGGUUACAUGGUGCAAUAUGAAUAACUGUAGCCCUCCGUUUGUGGAGCGCUUCAACUUCUUUCUUCCUUCUGCCUGUGUGUUGCUGAUCGUAAGUGCUACUGUUUCCUCCGAGAGACUUUUUUU